UUACUCGGCUCUCCGGACAUACCCACCCACAACAGCCCUCAUAGCACCAGAAUAACUCGAGAUAAAGGAACAUGGAGCCAGAUAUUCUCGCUUCUGACGACUCCGAGACCGAGGAAGUCCACAAGCUCACCAUUAAUGAGCACUACGCGAAAGCGUUCGAGUACAGAAAAGAGAGAGAGGAGCUUCAAAGGCUUAAGGAUAAGUAUGGGUCCGAUGUAGACGAGGAUGAGGAUGAAGAGGAAGACUCGGAGGAAGCAGAGUCCGAAGAUGAAGAUGGCGAGGAGUUGACUCCUGCUGUCGACGCGGCCAUCUUGCGCACGCUCGCUAGGAUAAAACGCAAGGACCCCUCUAUCUACCAGGCUGACAAUGACGUAUUUGAAGAGGAGGUCAAGAAGACAGGCAAAGCGAAAAUCAUCUCCCGAGGUCUCAAGGACAAGUCGAAGCCUUUAACCAUCAAGCAGCAGAACCUCGAAGCUGCUCUACGACCCGACUCACGCUCUCCGUCGCCCGAGCCCAUGACUCACGUCAAGGAACAAAAAGCCCUGCGCAGCGAGACAAUUGCAGCUUUCCAUACUGCUGUUAAGGACGCAGACUCUGAAGACGACCUGCUCGUACCUCGCGAGAAGACCAAGGACGAGCUCGAGCGCGAAGAGGAAGAAUACCAGGAGUACCUCAAGCGCGAGGUUGGCACGGACUUGAAGGAACUCAUCACUCUAGAUGAGGAAAUGAGCGCAUUCAUUGCUGAUGUUGAGAUGGAGGAGAGCAAGGAGAGCAAGAAGGCGAAGAAAGAGAAGAAGGUCAAGAAGGAGAAGAGUGUAAAAAGGGAAGAGGACCAGGAGUUCCUGAUGAACUACAUCUUAGGACGCGGCUGGAUUGACCGCUCCACGAAACGUCUCCCCACCUACAAGGAGAUUACAGAGUCUAAGAGCAAGGUGGACAAGGGCAAGGCUCGUGCAGAUACUCCCAAGAAUGUAGACGAAGAGACGUCUGAUCAACAACAAUUCGAGUCCGAAGCUGACGGCGAAGGCAUGAACAAAGAUCUUGAUGACGACGAGUUCGAUGAAGUCGCAGAUCGCUUCGAAAGCUCAUAUAACUUCCGCUUCGAGGAGCCCGGUGCGGAUCAGAUCCCAAGAUAUCCUCGUACCCUGGCGUCGACUGUCCGGAGAGAAGAGAGUAGUCGUAAGGCGGAGCGAGAACGACGGAAGACACGUAAGGAAGAGGAACUCUUGAAGAAGCGAGAAGAGGUGAAGCGAUUGAAAGCCCUGAAGAUGAAGGAGAUUAGGUCGAAAUUGGAGAGGAUAGGAGAGGAGGGUGGGAAGAAGCUGGAUGAGACGGAAGGGCUACAAAAGCUCGACCUCGACAGCGACUGGGACCCUGACAAGCACUACAAGCAAAUGUCCAAACUCUACGGUCUCGACGAUGAUGGUGACAUUGACGGGGAAAAGCCAGCAUGGGACAACGAUAUCGACAUCACGGACAUCGUUCCCGAGGACUCGUCCAGCAAGAAAAAGAAAAAGAAGAAAAAGAAGAAAGACGAGCCAGAGGUCGAAGACGGCGUUGACAUUGGUGAGAUGGACGCAGAUGUUGUCAGGGAUGACGAGGAGUGGGAUGGAACCGAAGAGAUGCGGAAGCGCAAGCUCGACGAGUACAUGGACGAGCUGUACGAGCUUGAAUUCAACGACGUGGUGGCGGGCAUGCCUACACGCUUCAAGUACGCUAAAGUCCAGUCGCAGGCCUUCGCCCUAUCGCCUGUCGAGAUCCUGCUCGCGACGGACGCGGAGCUCAAUCAGUACAUGGGCCUAAAGAAACUUGCGCCGUACCGCAAGGAUGGCGGCGCGUGGGACAAGAACCGGGCCGCGCGACUCAAGGAGCUCAAAGAGACGAUCCUCCAGCGAGAUGCCGCGCUUGCUGCGAGCGGGGACUUCGCGAAAAUCCUCCCCGAGAUGCCUGCAAAGAAACGCAAGGGCAAGAAAGAGCGUAUGCGCGAGAAGGCGACAGCAGUGCUUAACGUGAACCUGGAGGAGGGCGCUGAGGAGCAGAGGCAGGAGAAGCAGGAGGGCGGGAACAAGCGGAAAGCGGCCGAUGAAAAACUUGCAUAUGACGAGACGACAGGGACAACGGACGAGUCAUUGUCGAAACGAAAGCGACGACGACGGCAUAAGAAGACGGUUCAGGAGUCACGAGAUGCUUGAGAUCAGAUCAGUCCUUACUGCUUGGCUGCAUAUAUCUCAAUAAUCAUCCCAUACAUUUCGUCUAGCGUGCCGAGGGCUCCGCUUUUGCACAGAAAAUAUCCUUACAUGAAGGGCGCGAGUUAGUCG